UGAAAUCGAGCUCUGCACGAAUCAGAUGCGCCUGUCAACUUCCCAGGUGGGAUUGCUUGGAGUUAACAGCCUGAAUUCAGAGCCCCGAAAGCCGAGCAUUCAGGGCAAGCAGAGAACACCCUGCAGAGGCUUUCCAAGAAUCCCGCGGCAUGGCAAGACAAGGCUGUUUCGGGUCAUAUCAGGUAAUAUCCUUGCUCACUUUUGCCGUCGGCGUCAAUAUCUGCUUAGGAUUCACAGCAAGUCGAAUUAAGAGGGCAGAAUGGGAUGAAGGACCUCCCACAGUGUUGUCUGACUCUCCGUGGACCAACACAUCUGGAUCCUGCAAAGGUCGAUGCUUUGAGCUUCAAGAGGUUGGACCUCCUGACUGUCGGUGUGACAACCUAUGUAAGAGCUACAGCAGCUGCUGCCAUGAUUUUGAUGAGCUCUGUUUGAAAACAGCUCGAGGCUGGGAGUGCACCAAAGACAGAUGUGGGGAAGUACGAAAUGAGGAAAAUGCCUGUCACUGCUCAGAAGAUUGCUUGUCCCGUGGAGACUGCUGUACCAACUACCAAGUGGUCUGCAAAGGAGAAUCACACUGGGUAGAUGAUGACUGUGAAGAAAUCAGAGUUCCUGAAUGCCCUGCAGGGUUUGCCCGCCCUCCUUUAAUCAUCUUCUCUGUGGAUGGGUUCCGUGCGUCGUACAUGAAGAAAGGCAGCAAGGUUAUGCCCAACAUUGAGAAGCUACGGUCCUGUGGCACCCAUGCUCCUUACAUGAGGCCUGUGUACCCCACAAAAACCUUUCCUAACCUGUAUACACUGGCCACUGGUUUAUAUCCAGAAUCCCAUGGAAUUGUUGGCAAUUCAAUGUAUGAUCCUGUCUUUGAUGCUACCUUCCAUCUUCGAGGGAGAGAGAAGUUUAAUCACAGAUGGUGGGGAGGCCAACCGCUAUGGAUUACAGCCACCAAGCAAGGAGUGAGAGCUGGAACAUUCUUUUGGUCUGUGAGCAUCCCUCAUGAGCGGAGAAUCCUAACCAUUCUUCAGUGGCUUUCCCUGCCAGACAAUGAGAGGCCUUCAGUUUAUGCCUUCUACUCAGAGCAGCCUGAUUUUUCUGGACACAAGUACGGUCCUUUUGGCCCUGAGGAGAGUAGUUAUGGCUCACCUCUUACUCCGCCUAAAAGACCUAAGAGGAAAGUUGCCCCUAAGAGGAGACAGGAAAGACCAGUUGCUCCUCCAAAGAAAAGAAGAAGAAAAUUACAUAGAAUGGAUCAUUAUGCAGCGGAAACUCGUCAGGACAAAAUGACAAAUCCUCUGAGAGAGAUUGACAAGACCGUGGGGCAGUUAAUGGACGGACUGAAACAACUUAAGCUGCACCGUUGUGUGAAUGUUAUCUUUGUCGGAGACCAUGGAAUGGAAGAUGUGACAUGUGACAGAACUGAGUUUUUGAGCAACUAUCUGACUAACGUGGAUGAUAUUACUUUAGUGCCUGGAACUCUAGGAAGAAUUCGAUCCAAGUCUGUCAAUAAUCCUAAAUAUGACCCUAAAGUCAUCAUUGCUAACCUCACGUGUAAAAAACCAGAUCAGCACUUUAAGCCUUACAUGAAACAGCACCUCCCCAAACGUUUGCACUAUGCCAACAACCGGAGAAUUGAGGAUAUCCAUUUAUUGGUCGACCGCAGAUGGCAUGUUGCAAGGAAACCUUUGGACGUUUAUAAGAAGCCGUCAGGAAAAUGUUUUUUCCAGGGUGACCACGGCUUUGAUAACAAGGUCAACAGCAUGCAGACUGUUUUUGUAGGUUAUGGCCCAACUUUUAAGUACAGGACUAAAGUACCUCCAUUUGAAAACAUUGAACUUUAUAAUGUUAUGUGCGAUCUCCUAGGCUUGAAGCCAGCUCCCAAUAAUGGAACUCAUGGAAGUUUGAAUCACCUACUACGCACAAAUACCUUUAGGCCAACCAUACCUGAGGAAGUCAGCAGACCCAAUUACCCAGGGAUUAUGUACCUUCAGUCUGAUUUUGACCUUGGCUGCACCUGUGAUGAUAAGGUAGAGCCAAAGAACAAAUUGGAAGAACUCAAUAAACGUCUUCAUACCAAAGGAUCUACAGAAGAGAGACAUCUUCUGUAUGGACGACCUGCAGUGCUUUAUCGGACUAGCUAUGAUAUCUUAUACCAUACAGACUUUGAAAGUGGUUACAGUGAAAUAUUCUUAAUGCCUCUCUGGACAUCAUACACCAUUUCUAAGCAGGCUGAGGUCUCCAGCAUCCCGGAGCAUCUGACCAACUGUGUUCGCCCAGAUGUUCGUGUGUCUCCAGGAUUCAGUCAGAAUUGUUUAGCCUAUAAAAAUGAUAAACAGAUGUCAUAUGGAUUCCUUUUUCCUCCCUACCUGAGCUCUUCCCCAGAAGCUAAGUAUGAUGCAUUCCUCGUAACCAACAUGGUUCCGAUGUACCCCGCCUUCAAACGUGUUUGGGCUUAUUUCCAAAGGGUUUUGGUGAAGAAAUACGCUUCAGAAAGGAAUGGGGUCAACGUAAUAAGUGGACCGAUUUUUGACUACAAUUACGAUGGUUUACGUGACACUGAAGAUGAAAUCAAACAGUAUGUGGAAGGCAGCUCUAUACCUGUCCCCACUCAUUACUACGGCAUCAUCACCAGCUGCCUGGACUUCACUCAGCCUGCAGACAAGUGUGAUGGUCCUCUCUCCGUGUCUUCUUUUAUCCUUCCUCACCGACCCGACAAUGAUGAGAGCUGUAAUAGCUCCGAGGAUGAGUCGAAGUGGGUAGAGGAACUCAUGAAGAUGCACACAGCUCGGGUGCGGGACAUUGAGUAUCUCACCGGUCUGGAUUUCUACCGGAAGACUAGCCGUAGCUAUUCGGAAAUUCUGACCCUUAAGACAUACCUGCAUACAUAUGAGAGCGAGAUUUAACUUUCUGGGCCUGGGCAGUGUAGUCUUAGCAACUGGUGUAUAUUUUUAUAUUGUGUUUGUAUUUAUUAAUUUGAAGCCAGGACAUAAACAAACAAACAAACAAACCACUUAGUAUUUUAAUCCUGUACCAAACCUGACAUAUUAAGGCCGAAUGACUGUGCUAUGGUUUUCCUCUAAUUUUUGGUGUAGACAGAGUUGUGUUCUGAGCAGAGUUUAUAGUGAAUACUGAAGCUCGUGAGCCAAGUAGAAGCUUCUACAUGGUGCUGCAGGUUGAAUAUUUGCAUUGAGGAAAUACUAGUUGUCCAGUGCCCAGUUACCACGCGUAGUCCUGUUCUGUAUCGAAAGACUGAUUUUGUAAAGGUACAUUCAUCUGCUGUUAACUUUGACAGACAUAUUUAAGCCUUAUAGACCAAUCUUAAAUAUAAUAAAUCACACAUUCAGAUUUUC